AUGUCCGAACCACUUUUUACUGCCUCUGGAGCCUUCGUACGUCGUCGCGUGAACUUCUUCAAGCGCAAACUGAAGCCAAACCGUUACCGUUUUGCGAUGUCCCAAUGCGCCUGCAGAUGGCAGUUCCCCCAAAUUGACUUAGGUACUCUGUCGUGCAUAAUAGUGACAUUAUUGGCAAUAUCUAACCAAGAAAUGGCAAUGCGACUGGACCAAAAAGAAAAAGAAGAAGAAGAAAAGGUUGAUGUUAGUGAUGAUGAUGAUGAUGAUGAUGAUGAUGAUGAUAAAAAGGAGUAA